AUGCGGGCGUGGAGGAACUGGACAUUGAAGAAUAGAACAAGCAGCUUCCAAUGUGUGACAGCAAACACGUACGCUUGUCUUGAGAUAAAUGCUCACAGCCUUGUGCUGGCAGCAAGAGACUGCCGCGAUCGUGGCCGACCCGAGGAAUUUUUAGUGAGGUGUUUCGGCAGUCAGGACGUCGAGGCGACAUUCCGGAAUCUUCGAUCGAUGACGACAAUGAACCAUACCCAGACGAACCUCACUUUCAAGGAAAUCGGCGAAAAGCUGCGGCGAGCUCACAUGCUGCAUCAAAUUCAGCACCGUAACCGUAUUAAGUUUCGAUUCCCUGGUCACACGGGUCCGACCAACGUGUCCGUGCUACCGACACUGCCGACGGAUGCUGAAAUAAAAGCCGCACUAACCAGUGCUGAGGGGAGGGCAUCUGAGGUCUUGGGCAAGCUUGGCCUCUUGCAGGCUGAACAAUCUUUCGAGUUUAGUGUACAUGCCCUCGGGGACCGGAACUGGGAAGACUUGAUCGUUUCCGAUAGUGAGUCUGACACGGAGGACCAUGAAGACCAUGAACCCGGUCAGGAGGUGUAUGAAGCUAAGCAUCUGUUUUCAAACUUUUCGGGCCAGAUCGCGCUGCCUAACAGCACGUCCGAUAAGCACAUCUACCUGAUACGAGAUGACCACGGGAAGGUGUUUCACGUUAAGAAGAGUAGUGUAGUGUGGAUGCUUACUGCGUCUAAGGUUCAGGAAAAAGCUCGUAUGAUACGUUACAAACAGCCCAUGCCUAACUAGGGCAAGCUAGGUUGAUUAGGUUCAUAAGUAAUACAUAUUAUAUAAUGUCCGUACUCUUAGAGUGUGCUUUACUAUCCUUGAUGACACUCUGACUAUUCAGCCUCCAAGGUGGUGGUUGAAUAGUCAGGGGGGGUGUUAUACCCGGGUGUUUGUAGUAGCCUAUGUACUGGUUCCUACAAACACCCGGGUUAUACUCUUUGAAAAAUGUUGCCCCUAAAUGUAUGCAACCCAUGAAAUGGAAAAAGUUUCAAAAUUCGUCUAAGUCCCGGAAAUGGGGAAGUGUUCUUGCCUGCGAAGGCACCACUGAGCUGAGGUGAGAUGAAUACGUACCCACAGUUGUCUGAGUUGGGGCAGCGUAACGAGUGAGCUAUGAUGAGCGCGCAAACAUGCGUGCGCUUCAUAUACGUGUACCGUACACUGUGUACGGACGCGGCGGAGGAUGGGUCGCGGUACAUUGACUGAGUCGGUGACCAUUUCGGUGGUAAAGUGGUUAAGCCAAAUUGGCUUGCACGUCGCUAAGCCAAAUUCGCUUAUGGGAUGCUAAGCCAAGUUGGCUUAAGAAGCAAAGUUGGCUUGGAUUGAACAUGUGUCCGCAGUACAAGUAGAAAACGCAUGCGGCUUCAAGUGAUCAUGACCAGCGUACGCCCCGUAUAUGCUUACUGGUGUACGCGGAUGAUCUCUGGUAUCGGCAUCCACCUUUAGGCAAAGUUAAUUUAAUGGUAGGCGAAGUUCGCCUACAUAGAGAAAAAAGUUUGCCUCAAGUAGGAAAUUUGACUAAGUCUGGGAACGGUACAAGUGGGCAACGCAUGCAGCGUCAAGUGCGCAGACCAUCCACCUCUCGGUAUGUACCGUCUAAGUAAUGGGGACAGUGAUGGUGGCAGUAUGCAUCGUCGAGUGCGCAUGACCAGCGUACCAGCGUACGCCCCAUAUACACUGACCGGUGUACGCGGAUGAUCUCUGGUAUCGGCAUCCACCUUUAGGCAAAGUUAAUUUAAUGGUAGGCGAAGUUCGCCUACAUAGAGAAAAAAGUUUGCCUCAAGUAGGAAAUUUGACUAAGUCUGGGAACGGUACAAGUGGGCAACGCAUGCAGCGUCAAGUGCGCAGACCAUCCACCUCUCGGUAUGUACCGUCUAAGUAAUGGGGACAGUGAUGGUGGCAGUAUGCAUCGUCGAGUGCGCAUGACCAGCGUACCAGCGUACGCCCCAUAUACACUGACCGGUGUACGCGGAUGAUCUCUGGUAUCGGCAUCCACCUUUAGGCAAAGUUAAUUUAAUGGUAGGCGAGUUUCGCCUACAUGGGAAAAAAGUUCACCUAAAUUGGCAAAAUUUGCCUAAGUCUGGCAUAUGAAAAAGGUUGACAUGGUAGGCAACCUCGGGUGCGCAUCCGUCCACUUCGAAGGAAUGUACCGUCCUAGGACUGGGAACAUCGUGUGCGCAAACCCGCGUACACUCCAUAUACAUGGACUGGUGUACGCCGAUGAGCUUAGGUACCGGUAUCCACGCUGAGACAAGGUUUACUUAAGUGGAGGCCAAAUUGGAUUACUUGGAGGCGAGUUUCGCCUACAUGGGAAAAAAGUUCACCUAAAUUGGCAAAAUUUGCCUAAGUCUGGCAUAUGAAAAAGGUUGACAUGGUAGGCAACCUCGGGUGCGCAUCCGUCCACUUCGAAGGAAUGUACCGUCCUAGGACUGGGAACAUCGUGUGCACAAACCCGCGUACACCCCAUAUACGCGGACUGGUGUACGUGGACUGGUGUACACGGACUGGUGUACGCCGAUGAGCUUAGGUACCGGUAUCCACGCUGAGACAAGGUUUACUUAAGUGGAGGCCAAAUUGGAUUACUUGGAGGCGAGUUUCGCCUACAUGGGAAAAAAGUUCACCUAAAUUGGCAAAAUUUGCCUAAGUCUGGCAUAUGAAAAAGGUUGACAUGGUAGGCAACCUCGGGUGCGCAUCCGUCCACUUCGAAGGAAUGUACCGUCCUAGGACUGGGAACAUCGUGUGCACAAACCCGCGUACACCCCAUAUACGCGGACUGGUGUACGUGGACUGGUGUACACGGACUGGUGUACGCCGAUGAGCUUAGGUACCGGUAUCCACGCUGAGACAAGGUUUACUUAAGUGGAGGCCAAAUUGGAUUACUUGGAGGCGAGUUUCGCCUACAUGGGAAAAAAGUUCACCUAAAUUGGCAAAAUUUGCCUAAGUCUGGCAUAUGAAAAAGGUUGACAUGGUAGGCAACCUCGGGUGCGCAUCCGUCCACUUCGAAGGAAUGUACCGUCCUAGGACUGGGAACAUCGUGUGCACAAACCCGCGUACACCCCAUAUACGCGGACUGGUGUACGUGGACUGGUGUACACGGACUGGUGUACGCCGAUGAGCUUAGGUACCGGUAUCCACGCUGAGACAAGGUUUACUUAAGUGGAGGCCAAAUUGGAUUACUUGGAGGCGAGUUUCGCCUACAUGGGAAAAAAGUUCACCUAAAUUGGCAAAAUUUGCCUAAGUCUGGCAUAUGAAAAAGGUUGACAUGGUAGGCAACCUCGGGUGCGCAUCCGUCCACUUCGAAGGAAUGUACCGUCCUAGGACUGGGAACAUCGUGUGCACAAACCCGCGUACACCCCAUAUACGCGGACUGGUGUACGUGGACUGGUGUACACGGACUGGUGUACGCCGAUGAGCUUAGGUACCGGUAUCCACGCUGAGACAAGGUUUACUUAAGUGGAGGCCAAAUUGGAUUACUUGGAGGCGAGUUUCGCCUACAUGGGAAAAAAGUUCACCUAAAUUGGCAAAAUUUGCCUAAGUCUGGCAUAUGAAAAAGGUUGACAUGGUAGGCAACCUCGGGUGCGCAUCCGUCCACUUCGAAGGAAUGUACCGUCCUAGGACUGGGAACAUCGUGUGCACAAACCCGCGUACACCCCAUAUACGCGGACUGGUGUACGUGGACUGGUGUACACGGACUGGUGUACGCCGAUGAGCUUAGGUACCGGUAUCCACGCUGAGACAAGGUUUACUUAAGUGGAGGCCAAAUUGGAUUACUUGGAGGCGAGUUUCGCCUACAUGGGAAAAAAGUUCACCUAAAUUGGCAAAAUUUGCCUAAGUCUGGCAUAUGAAAAAGGUUGACAUGGUAGGCAACCUCGGGUGCGCAUCCGUCCACUUCGAAGGAAUGUACCGUCCUAGGACUGGGAACAUCGUGUGCACAAACCCGCGUACACCCCAUAUACGCGGACUGGUGUACGUGGACUGGUGUACACGGACUGGUGUACGCCGAUGAGCUUAGGUACCGGUAUCCACGCUGAGACAAGGUUUACUUAAGUGGAGGCCAAAUUGGAUUACUUGGAGGCGAGUUUCGCCUACAUGGGAAAAAAGUUCACCUAAAUUGGCAAAAUUUGCCUAAGUCUGGCAUAUGAAAAAGGUUGACAUGGUAGGCAACCUCGGGUGCGCAUCCGUCCACUUCGAAGGAAUGUACCGUCCUAGGACUGGGAACAUCGUGUGCACAAACCCGCGUACACCCCAUAUACGCGGACUGGUGUACGUGGACUGGUGUACACGGACUGGUGUACGCCGAUGAGCUUAGGUACCGGUAUCCACGCUGAGACAAGGUUUACUUAAGUGGAGGCCAAAUUGGAUUACUUGGAGGCGAGUUUCGCCUACAUGGGAAAAAAGUUCACCUAAAUUGGCAAAAUUUGCCUAAGUCUGGCAUAUGAAAAAGGUUGACAUGGUAGGCAACCUCGGGUGCGCAUCCGUCCACUUCGAAGGAAUGUACCGUCCUAGGACUGGGAACAUCGUGUGCACAAACCCGCGUACACCCCAUAUACGCGGACUGGUGUACGUGGACUGGUGUACACGGACUGGUGUACGCCGAUGAGCUUAGGUACCGGUAUCCACGCUGAGACAAGGUUUACUUAAGUGGAGGCCAAAUUGGAUUACUUGGAGGCGAGUUUCGCCUACAUGGGAAAAAAGUUCACCUAAAUUGGCAAAAUUUGCCAAAGUCUGGCAUAUGAAAAAGGUUGACAUGGUAGGCAACCUCGGGGGCGCAUCCGUCCACUUCGAAGGAAUGUACCGUCCUAGGACUGGGAACAUCGUGUGCGCAAACCCGCGUACACUCCAUAUACAUGGACUGGUGUACGCCGAUGAGCUUAGGUACCGGUAUCCACGCUGAGACAAGGUUUACUUAAGUGGAGGCCAAAUUGGAUUACUUGGAGGCGAGUUUCGCCUACAUGGGAAAAAAGUUCACCUAAAUUGGCAAAAUUUGCCUAAGUCUGGCAUAUGAAAAAGGUUGACAUGGUAGGCAACCUCGGGUGCGCAUCCGUCCACUUCGAAGGAAUGUACCGUCCUAGGACUGGGAACAUCGUGUGCACAAACCCGCGUACACCCCAUAUACGCGGACUGGUGUACGUGGACUGGUGUACACGGACUGGUGUACGCCGAUGAGCUUAGGUACCGGUAUCCACGCUGAGACAAGGUUUACUUAAGUGGAGGCCAAAUUGGAUUACUUGGAGGCGAGUUUCGCCUACAUGGGAAAAAAGUUCACCUAAAUUGGCAAAAUUUGCCAAAGUCUGGCAUAUGAAAAAGGUUGACAUGGUAGGCAACCUCGGGGGCGCAUCCGUCCACUUCGAAGGAAUGUACCGUCCUAGGACUGGGAACAUCGUGUGCGCAAACCCGCGUACACUCCAUAUACAUGGACUGGUGUACGCCGACAGUGUUGGUGGCAGCAUGUAGCGUCGCUUGCGCUCGACCUUGCCAGCGUACGCCCCAUAUACUUUAUCCGAUGUACGCUCAUGAGCUUUGGUCAAAAAAUGAAGAAGAAGAAAAAAAAAGAAAAAGAAGAAGAGAAAAAAAAAGAAAAAGAAGAAGAAGAAAAAAAAGAAAAAGAAGAAGAAAUGAAAAAAAAAACGGGUUAAAAAAAAUAUUUGCAUGACGAGUCGGGGUCACCAUAUACGCUUACUAUUCCAGAUGCAAUUCCACACGGACAGGGACCCUGGGGUCGGGAAGUGCGAGAUCGUCGACCCAUGUAGUAGAGCACGCGUGUAUGGUGGCCCCGUCUACGGGCACGGAAGAGGUCCCGCAGAGCAUGCCUACCUUCGGGGGAAGCAAUCUUUACCGGUUCCGGGAGUGGCCAGGACGUGACCAAACUCCAGGCUGGGGGGUACGGGGACUUUCGUUCAACACCGAUGCAUACGUCCGCGGACAUGAUGUCCCGAUUUGCCCCGACUUGUGAUGCAGGCGGUUGGAGAUCAUUUUUAUUGCAUACAAAUUUUAAGUCGUCUUUUGGGGAACGCUCUGCUUUCUCGUACCUAUGGGGAGUCAAGUUUGGUAAUGGAGGCCCUUCAUGAGCGUAUAUGAAAACUCCAUCAUUGAACCGGGAUCGUCAUACGCGGUUUUACGGGAGGUGCGCACUCGAAGAUACAUACACGUAUCUACCACCGAGAGCGCGAGCCAACCGUAGACCGGUGCCCCCGUAUGAGCGCAGGCCCGCAGAGAGGACCCGACGAAGGUGGGCGAGAGGAGAUAGGGACGGAGACGGAGAGAGGAAUCGGAUACGGGUUCGGCUGUUCGGCGGGAGCUCACGAAAGUGUACGAACGCCCGAACAGAGAGGUGAGGUGUGGUGUGAGCGUGACCGUGUUGUUAACAUGGACGUCAUACGUGGUUCUUCGGAGCGGUGCGCACUCGGAGAUGUGUCGGAGAUGUAUCUACCACCAAGAGCGCGCGCCCAUCCCAGACCGGUGCUCUCGUAUGAGCGUACGUCCACUGAGACUACCUGACUGUAGAGGGUACGGACACGACGGGAAAAGGAAUCGGAGAGAGGUACGGCUGUUCGGCGGGAGCGCACGAGAGAGUGUACGCGAACGCCCGAACAGAGAGGUGAGGUGAGGUGUGAGCGAGACCGUGUUGUUAACAUGGACGUAAUAGGUCAGUCAGCGAUCGUAUCGUGUAUUACGUGUGACUAGUGUUCUAGUACGAACGAAUGGGAACCUAUUUGGGAACCUCCAGUACGAGGGUAUCGAACCGUGGCUUUGAAUGAGGUGCAAUGCAUUGGGAUGACAUUUGACUACAUUUGGUUGACAUUCGGGUGGCAUCCGAUGUGGUGAG